AUGUUUCUUAGAAAGUUUUUGGUUUGUGGCUCCUUGAUUGCCGCGAUACAAGCAUUUACUUACAUUAUUCAGACUUCUUCUACCAGGGAUAUUGACUAUUAUAUGAAUCAAUAUGAUGCUCAAUUCAAUGCUUUUCGUGCUUCAAAGAAGGCAAACACUUUUAGGUCUUUUAAUGUUGGUAACAUUACAGGAUUUAUGGGAGAUUUUGAUGAUGAGUUACUUGGUCUAUUAUACAAUGACUCUUCGAUUUUGGAGAUAUCAGCUGAGAAGUACUUGAAGCUUGACGCUGUCCAGACUCAAGAAUUUUCGUCUAGGCAUUUAUUAAGAUUAACUCACAAGAAUCUUAUUUAUGAUAACCAACCUGAAUUGUUAUAUGAUGCUUCUGCAGGUAUUGGUGUUGAUGUUGCGAUAAUUGAUAGUGGUGUGAAUGGAAAACACUGUGAAUUUACAGGCAGAGUGAAAAGAAUUUUUGACUUCGUUAACGAAGCUGGAAUUGAUGAUCCUAUUGGUCAUGGAACCGCCCUCGCUGGAGUUGUUGGAUCAGAAACCUAUGGAGUGGCAAAAAAAUGUAAUAUUGUUGAUAUUAAAGUCGCCUCGAGAGACAGGGUCGCAAAGUUGAGUGAUGUCAUUUCAGCGUUGAACUUAGUAGUAAGCCAAUCGAAAGAAACAAAAAGACCAACGGUAAUUUUAUUAGCUAUGAGCAUAUCAAGGAGCAAAUUGCUUGACUCAAUAGUUCAAAAGAUUGUUGACCAAGGGAUACCGGUGAUCACAUCUGCUGGUAACGAUGGUAGAUUGGCAUGUAGUAAUUCUCCUUCUUCAGCUUCAGGAUCUUUGAGUGUUGGUUCAAUCGAUGAUGCUACUAAUAAGAUUGCCGGAUUCUCUAACUGGGGGGCCUGUAUAGAUAUAUUUUCCAGUGGCGUUGAUGUCACCACAACAGGUAACACUGGAAACACCGCAACUAAAGCUUCCGGAACUUCUGUUUCUGCUGGUAUUGUAGCUGGGUUGACAGCUUACUACAUGGGAACAGGGAAAAGUGGAUUUGAAGCUGUUCAAAUGAUCAAACAAGUAUCUACUGAUGGGAUAAUUGAAGGCCUUUUGUUAAAGCCAUAUACUCAAAAUAAGAUUGCGCACUUGGAUAGUUCAGGAAGUUCUCUUUAG